GAGUUCACUCUUGUAUCUUGAGUUUUUACAUAAUUACACCAUUAAUCAUUCACACCAUUGAUCUUCUCUCUCUCGAUUAGUGAACAACUUUUUAAUGCUUUCUACUGAAGUCCUCUCCCUCUCAGAUCCUUCUUAGCUCUUCAGUGUCUUCUUCUCUCCUUCCAAGCCUUUGUUCGAUUACUUGAAUCUUGACUUCAUCCUCUCCAUUUUAUGAUUCACUGGUGGAGGGUUUAGGGUUUUCACCAUCUUUCUUGAAUUCUGGUAUAAAGGAACAAACUUUUUUUGUAGGGAGAGUCAAUCAGACAUGAUUCAGCUACUGUUUCUGGUUCUGUUCGUGGAAGGUGCGAUUGCAUUCUUGCUGCUGAUUAAGAUUGGCCCAUUGAGGGAGCUUGUGAUUAAAAGCCUUGACCAGAUGAAGAUGGGGAAAGGUCCUGCGACUGUGAAAACCAUCGCUGGAACCAUGUCUGUUAUCCUUUUGUCUAAUCUCAUGAGCAUCGUCAAGAUCCAGAACAAAGGUGCAAAGCUCGGGACAAUGUCUCCUAUGGAUCAGGUCCUUUGGAGAACUCACUUGCUUGAAGCUUCUCUGAUGGGAGUCGUGCUUUUUCUAGGCUUCAUAAUUGACAGGAUGCACCACUACCUCAGAAAGCUAAUCAAUCUAAGGGGUAACGUCGGGUCAUCUAAAGAAGAACUUGAACAGCUUCAGAAAGAGAGAAACGAAUUUAAGGAGAAAGAGGACAAAGCGUCCAAGGAAAUCAAGCAGCUGCAAGAAACACUGUCAUCUGUUUCAGAGAGACUUAAGAAAGCAGAGACCGAGUCUAAAGAGAAAGAGAAGAAGCUGGAAACCGCUGAGACACAUGUCACGGCUCUCCAGAAACAGUCUGCAGAGCUGCUUCUGGAGUAUGAUAGAUUGCUGGAAGACAACCAAAAGCUCCAAAGCCAGAUUCUGGGAAAAACGUAAAGCUGAUGUUAAAUUGUUGAGUUUGUCAUUUAACAAGUGUUUUUUUUUCUUCUAAUGUUGUUGACAAUGAUGAAUUGGUGAUUAAGAAGAGAAAGGAUUGCAGUUGCAGUAAGUGUUGCAUCAUUUUUGUUUU